UUAUCGUAGUCCAGAUGAGAGGUUUCUUCCUCUUGCGGACGGGGGACACGUGCUGACAGCAUGGAGGAGCUGGCGGAGGAUGUGCGGGGAUUUCUUCUUCAACACCCUGAGCUGCAGCCAGUCCCGGGAAACAAGGUCCGUUUCACUCUGACUGGACAUGAGCUGCCAUGUAGACUCCCUGAACUGCAGAACUUCACCGCUGGGAAGAAAUACAAAAAUAAGCUGGAGGUAUCAUUUGAUGGCAGCAAAUAUGAGCCCCACAUUGUCCCCAGCACCAAGAACACAGGGCAGCUGUUCUGUAAGCUGACACUUCGUCACAUCACAAAGCGCCUGGAAGAAGUUGAGAGGCACGUAAAUGGAAAACGCUACCAGCGAGCGCUACUUAAAUAUGAGGAAUGCCAGAAGCUGGGGGUGGAAUAUGUGCCUGCUUGUCUCCAGAACAAAACCAAGCAACGGAAAUUUGCGGAUGAGCGAAAACCUGCCAAAAAAGAUCUGUGGGAACCAGAUGAUGAAAGUGGUGAAGAUAGCGACUCUGGCGACAGUAUGAGUGACCUUUAUCCAGAUCAAAUGUUUACAAAGAAAACUAUAGCGGUAGAAAAUGGCGACUUUAAAGCAGACAGCGGUGAAGAAAUGGAAGUGGAGGAGACUGUUAAUAGCCACAGGAAACGGACACAGAAGCAGGCAGGGCCUUCCCAAAAGAAGUUAAAAAGUCAACAUAAAAAUGUCAAGAAGCCCUCAAAAAAAUGAAUUCCAUCUCAUCAUAUUUUCUAACUUUUUUUCCUCCACCCCCUUUGUCAUUUAUAUUACUGGUGACAGAAUGAUGUGUUGUCGUUUAUGAAUACUGUGGAAGACGAUAGAAAUUCCAGGUGAGAGCUGGCAUUAAUCUACAGAUUAGCCCUCUAUGCUGCCAUCUUGUGAAAUAAAGUACUGUGGCAUACAGUACAUUUUUGUAAGGAACCCAAUCUCUCAAACUUUAAAACCAUUUUAGGAUAAAUAUUUACAUGUCUAUUGCUGAGAGAGUUGGAUAGAGAGAUAGAGAUACAUAUAUCUAUCUCUCUAUCUACAGCAGGGAAGUGGCAUUUCCAGCAUCGUGCAUAGGGUGAGGGUGUUCACUCACAUACUGGGGUCACUUCAGUGCUCACUUUCUGUGCAGUAUUAUGCUGUUCACAUAUUCUGCACAUCCAUAAUGGGGUUUCAGGUACCCAGACAGAGGCCCAGCUCUUUCCUGCAGAGAUCCAUUGACCUAUAAGUAGAUUAUAUUAUCUGCAGACAUUUCCAUUCAGCACUGGAACACAGAAGCGGAAUCCUGGAGGUGAACAGCGGUUUUUGUGUACUGGCUUCAUUCACAGAGAAACUUAAUAUGCAUUUCUGAAAAUACCAGUUGCCUGGUUGUAGUGCUGAUUCAUUGGCUUUGAUCCUUUUGGAGUCUCUGAGCUGGGAAAACUUUGCAUAACAGGAGUCAGAAGUCCUGCUCUACCCAAUUAUUAUAGGUCUGCGAUGCAAAUAUUGUAACCAUUGGGUCAGUAUGACCAUGCAGCUAACUUUUUCAGAAGAGAUCAGCAAUGGCUGCCUGCAAUAUCACAGAUUUCCCUAAAGUUGGAGUCAAGGAAGAUUUUUGCCCCAGUAAAAAUACUUUGUACCAAAUAAAAAUCACUUACCUUG